AUGAGCAUCUCCAUCCCGGCGGGGCUGACGGAGCUGCUGCAGGGCUUCACGGUAGAGGUGCUGCGGAGCCAGCCCGGGGACCUGCUGGAGUUCGCCCUCCAGUACUUCGGGCGCCUCAAGGAGGAGGCGGCGACGGCCAAGGCGGCGGCGGAGAAGGAGCCGAGCGGCCGCAAAGCGGGCACAGGCCAUGACAGGAGCACCCAGGCACCGCGCCGGGGCCCCCCCGACGCCCGCGGGGUCAACUUCGCCGAGGAGCCCAUGCAGACCGACUCCGAGAGCGGCGAGGACGAGCAGCCGCCGCCGCCGCCGCCGCCGCAGCAGUUCCCUGCUCCAGCAGUAAACAGAUUCACCAGACGCGCAUCAGUGUGUGCAGAAGCUUACAAUCCUGAUGAGGAAGAGGAUGACGCAGAGUCUAGGAUUAUUCACCCCAAAACAGAUGAUCAAAGAAACAGACUGCAGGAGGCAUGCAAGGACAUCCUUCUUUUUAAGAACCUAGACCCGGAACAGAUGUCUCAGGUGUUAGAUGCAAUGUUUGAAAAGAUGGUUGAAGGAGGGGAACAUGUAAUUGAUCAAGGGGAUGAUGGUGACAACUUCUACGUCAUUGACAGAGGUACAUAUGAUAUUUAUGUAAAAUGUGAUGGUGUUGGAAGGUGUGUUGGAACCUAUGAUAACCGAGGAUGUUUUGGUGAGUUGGCCUUAAUGUACAAUACACCCAGAGCAGCUACAAUUAUAGCUACCUCUCCUGGUUCCAUCUGGGGUUUGGAUAGGGUAACAUUCCGGAGAAUCAUUGUAAAAAAUAAUGCCAAAAAGAGAAGAAUGUAUGAAAGUUUCAUUGAGUCAUUGCCAUUCCUUAAAUCUUUAGAAGUAUCUGAGCGUUUAAAAGUGGUUGAUGUGAUUGGUACCAAAGUGUACAAAGAUGGAGAACAAAUCAUUGCUCAGGGUGACUUGGCUGAUUCUUUCUUUAUUGUGGAAUCUGGAGAAGUAAGAAUUAUAAUGACAAGGAAGGGUAAACAAGAUCUAGAAGAGAAUGGAGCAGUAGAAAUAGCUCGAUGCUCAAGAGGACAGUAUUUUGGAGAACUUGCUCUUGUAACUAACAAACCCCGAGCUGCUUCUGCAUUUGCUCUUGGCACUGUCAAAUGUUUAGUUAUGGAUGUGCAGGCAUUUGAAAGGCUUUUGGGACCUUGUAUGGAAAUUCUGAAAAGGAACAUUGCGAACUAUGAAGAGCAGCUAGUUGCUCUGUUUGGAACAAACAUGGACAUUGCUGACACCAGUGCAUGA